AUUCAUUCUACCGGUUUCCUCAAGUUGCAUCGCAUCUCAUGGUAGCGCUUUCUGCGGGACGCACAAGAGAUGUUGCUGCUGGUGCUGGGUGCCCUCCUCCUGCUCUUCUGCAGCCUGGACGUGUGGUACUUCCUACGGGGGGCCCAGGUGUUUGUCCAGUCCUGGUUCCAGCCCAGAAUAUGGGACAUUCUAGCUGAGCAGAGCAUCGACGGCAUGGUCCUUCCACACGAUUUGGACUACUUGGGCCACAUGAAUAACUCUCGCUACCUGAGGGAGUGUGACUUUGCUCGCUUUCACCAUUACAUGAGAAACGGCUUGUUCAUGGCCUCGCGCAAACUGGGGGCCAGGAUGGUGGUAGGGGCCUCCACCAUCCGGUACCGGCGCUCCCUGGCCUUCCGCGAGGCUUUUGAGAUUCGGACCAAAGUAGUAAGCUGGGACGAGAAGGCCUUUUACCUGGAGCAGCGCUUUGUGUCCAAGAAAGAUGGCUUUGUGUCUGCAGUCAUGCUCUGUAGGCAGAACGUGGUGCACUGCAGCCCGGAGAGGAUUAUUGAGUUUGUCUGCAAAAGGAAGAUCGAGUGCCCCGAGUUUCCUGAGGACCUCAAACACUGGAUCAGCUUCAUUUCAGCCAGCAGCCAGGCCCUGAGAGCAGAGAGCGGACUGGAGGAGAAGAACAAGUGAAGCCGCACCGUGACGCCACGUAUCAUGAGUGUAGACGCAUAUCAUGGCAUUGCACGUACAUAUACAGCACACACACACACACACACACACACACGACUACAGUACGACAUAGUAGAGAGUUUUAGUUGACUUUGAAGAUUCCACUUACCUCCGUUUUGGGUGAACCCCACCUGUCGUGUACUUCAGUAUGAUGUUAAACUUAGAACAGCUGAAUAUGAAAACUUGAACUGUUACGUGUCCUAUGAUUUAAAAUGCACCGUAUGCAUUGGGAUCAUGAUGAAGGUUUUUCUUUUAAAAAGAAAGUGAAACAGGAACAAAGCUUUAUUCUCGCUGCUUAUUUAGUAGUUGACUGUGAGUAGACGGCAUCUUCGUUCUCAUUUAGCAAUAUCUCCUACCUUCAGAUACGCAUGUAGAGCAAAAGUUAAUCUUCCACUGACAUCGAUGCAUGUUUUGAAACAACCAUGAUAUUUUUGUGCCUGUUUCUUGUAGUUUACAGUGACAGAGAGUUCUAACUUUUCACAAAAAAGAUGUAUACUUGAACCAACAAUUGUUUAAAUCUUUUGAUUGCACAAGUUAACAAACUGCAUUCCUGUCACCAAUCUGAGAGGGAAUAUGUCAUUUUAAGGGGGUCCACUGAGCAGUGCUUUAAAUCUAAAACACAUGCGUUUGAGUUGCGGGCUCCUCUUGAUUGUAAUUGCAUGUGACUUUCAGAGAAAGUGCUUGAAUUUGAUCGAUGAGCUAACGCGAGGUUGCUGGCGAUUUUUCAAACCCGCAACGCACAAUAAAAUCUGAAUGUUUUGUUCUUAUCGAGCCAGCCAUUUGAAAUCAGAGCUUCUGUUUGUGACCAAAGUAAUGUAUUAUUUCUGUACGGGAGGAAUGGCGUUUCUACAAAUGUACGUCUGAUCUGUUUAUGUUGUCGAUGCACUGACCACAGAAUCCUGUUCACUCCACUGGUGUAUGAAGAUAUAAAUAGUCUGUUUGUUUUCCACUUAUCGUUUGCAUUUCAUUCUAAUGCAUUCAUGUACCAGAUUUAAUUUAUUGUGUUUGUUAAUUAUUUAAAUGCAUUUUAAAUUAAAAAUGCACUGGGAACUGUG